CUGAUAUCAGCAAAACCAACCCAGCAAAAUUCGGUAGCUGGUUUGGCGAUCGAUCCCCUUUCCGUGAAGUAUCUAAAAGGUACUACGGGCGAUUUGACGUCAAAUUCGGCUUACAAAAGCGAACAUUGCACAAGUCACAUGUUGACCAGCACUUCGGAGCCAAGCAAUUCCAGUUUCUUAAAGCCAUGGCUGGAAAAUUUUGUGAUCAUUCACUUGCGUUUUUCAUGGAUGACAAAGCAACGAUUCCAGUUGGUUUCGUCGGAGCGCCGGUCAGUGCCACUCGUCGACAAAGAAGUGUGCUGAUGGCCGGCUUGGACGGCAGAGGAUUGAAUGCCAUGGACCAUGAUAACAUUCCGCAGCAUAUCGUGCCAUCAGUGUCUAUCAAGUCCCACCAAAGGAACUCACCGAUUCGUGGUACUGUGGAAAGCCGAUCAUUACUCUCAAAGAUGCUAUUUUCCAACCGUCAUCUGCUUUUCGCCAUGCUGCGGAGGUUGUGAAACAUUUGUCGGUUGCCGAUCACAAUCGACCAAUGAUGUUUUUUGGGACAGACAGUGGCCCCGACCACAACGUUACGUCGAUUCUGGUGAUGCUCAGCUACAUAUACAUCUUCAUAGAACUUGAUUUGGACUUUCUGGGAGCCGCACGCACGCCGCCAAACUUCUCUGUUGUUAACCCAGCUGAGAGAUUCAUGAGUGUUGCAAACAUCGCUCUGGUGGGUGUGUCGUUGUCAAGAAAUAACCUGGGAGCCGACGAGAAGAAAGUGAAAUCUUUCACGAGCAAAAAGCUGUGGCGAGAUGCACACCAGAAACGUCCGGAUAUUGAUUACCCUCAGCUGGCUCUGGAUGGGACGAAAGAUGCUAGAAAGCUGUUGUCGGAUCGAUUUGAACGUCUCACUUACAAGGGAGAACAGGUCCAGAUCGGCGAGCCGGUAACUGAAGAGGAGAUAUCGGAGCUAAAGUUGAAGAUUUCCGCGCUGUUUGACAUCGACUUUUCUGCUGCACUGCUAAAAGCGAAAGUUCUGAAAGUUCCUGCCGUGGAGGAAUUUUUCGCCGACCACGUACGAUGCACGAAGUACACGUUCCAGGUGAAAAAGUGUAAGAAGGACUAAUGUCGAUUUCAUGAGAAAAUUCGACUUCCGGUAGAAGUUUUCGAUGAUGUUCAUUGGGUGCCAAGUCCAGAGUUGAAAGGGGACCACUAUCUUAACUUUGAGGACGUCUAUGGUAGGGAUCCCACAGACAAGGACGUGCCCAGCCUGAACACUGCAGGAUCAUUGGAAUCAGAUGCUUUGAAACCGCCGUUCCCCCUGGCGCACACGCGAGCCAGGAUGAUAGUUCGUUGCACCGAGUGUGAGUUUCCUCGAUUGCUGUAUACAAAGUACGGCAUCGACAAGUCUCUUAAGGCUAAACUGGAGGCAUAUUUCGAGGAAAAAUUAUUUGUCUGCGGAGCUGAUCUUCCAGAAUUCCCACAAGUGUUCCAGAACCGUAAAUUGUCCUGCCGCGAACCCAUUUCUCUACAUUAUUAUCAAACAGGAUCAGCACUGCCAGGAUUUAUGCCACAGUGUGCAAAAUGUCUAUGUGACGUCACCCGGACGCCCAACACUAUCUUGUACUGCGAUAAGUGCUGUACACAGACGCCGAAACCAGUGAAAGUGUUUAAGAAGCAAGGAAGGCCGAAGGAGAAUUAAGCUGCUGUGAUGUUGAUUCAAUGUUUAUUGAUCACUUUUUUUUACAUACAUUUGU